GCCUCUGUUCCAUCGUUUUCCCAGGAAACAAACAGAAAAAAAACAGUACCAUUACCAGCCCAUCCUGUUUCUCCCUCUCUCUCUCUCUCUCUCUCUCUCUCUCUCUCUCUCUCUCUCUCUCUCUCUCUAUAGCGUUCUUUUGAAACCGCACAAGAUUAGGGAAGUCAGCCCAAGCCUUGUAAGUUGGUAUCUUUUCUUCAGUUUUUCUCCCAGCUGAAAAAAUGGAGGGGUUAAUCUCGAAAGAGUCAUCCUUUAAAAAGGAUUCACAGCAACAACCAGAUCAUCUUCAACCUUCUCAGUUCAUCAAGUCCCUCCAAGAACUCAAGGAGUUGCGUUCUCAGCUCCAUCAUGCAGCAGACUACUGGGAGAAAAGUUUCCUGAAUGCCAAACAGAAGAAAAAGGUUGUGGAUAGCACAAAAGAGUACGUCUGCACUGCUGUGGUUGCGGUUGUGGAUCACCUAGGCAGCGUUUCAACCAAUCUGAACACCAUCAUUUCCCAAAAGGCCAGUGGCUUCUCUGAGGCUGAGCUUAGGAUUGACACCCUGAAGCAAAGAUUCCUUGCCUAUGAACUGUAUGCUCAGAAGUUUGCUCUGACUAGAACGAGAUGGUGCUUUAACAUUAUCCCCAAAUCGCACCGCCGCUUUCUGUCCACACCUAAUCUUGUCAGCGCAGAGAAAUCGUCAGAUGAGGACAUCAGGGAUGCAAGCUCUGUGUCUGCCUGGGAAAAGAGCGACACCGAGUUGAUAUUCGAGGCAGAGGACUUGCCGCUUUUCCUCUACACCUACGCUCACAAGGCUUCACCAGCCGACGCCAAUAUCUCCGCAGUGGGAGUCCGUGACGCCGUUACAAUUUGCCGGAAAGGACAGGCUCCCACGUUUCAUUUCCAGCAGAGCGGUAUUCCUGAGCAGAAGAAGCAUGGCCGGAGAAGAUUGUCUGGUCGUAGUAGCGGUGACAUCAUGGCUCUUGUUCGCCGGAGCAAGCGGCCGGCGGGAUUGGAGGGCUGGUGAAGGGGAGGAGAUUUGUUUGUAAUUUUAUGCUUACUACUGUUCUUCUGUAUGUUGUAAGAUGUAACCCCGGUAACCUUAAUAGUUUUCCGUCUGAUGUCCAUUAAU